AUGGCUUUAAAUUCAAACUCGAAUGAAGGAGAUCUUCCUGAAUCCUCUAAUGUGAGAAGGCAGCCCGAGUCACCACCACAUCGGUCUACACAACGUCAUACUCCUUAUCAAAUUCAAAUGCUAGAAGAGAAUUUCAACCAAUGUCAACUUCCGAGUGAUUGGAAACGCCAUCAAAUUGGAAGGGAGCUUGGGCUCACACCCAAUCAAGUGAAGUCUUGGUUCCAGAACAAGAGGACUACUGUCAAGGGAAAAAAUGAAAAGGAUGAAUGGUUUACGAUGCGAGAAGAGAACGAACAACUAAAAGUUGAGUGUCUCUCAUUGAAAGAAUUGCUAAAUAAUUACAAGUGCAAUGCAUGUAAGGUUCUUCCUCCCAUCGAACUGGAGCAACUUCGCAAUAGACAACUUCAAUCCGAUACCUUGCAGUUGAGGCAAGAGUACUAUAAUACCUAUAAUUCUCUUCAGGGCAUGGGGAUACCUGUCCGGAUAAACCUAGACUUACUACCACCAAGGCUUGUUUCAUCGUUGGAUCAAUCUAAUGGAUUGUUACUAGGGAAAUCGUCAAUGGAACCAAUCAAUCCUAACGUUGCUAAUGCUAAUUCUAUUGUUAAUGAAAAUGUCAAUCUGAAUACAAUUAUGAAUCCAGAACAUGAUUUUGAGUUGUCGAACAUGAUGAAAACAAUUGGGUUGGCUAGGGAUGAGUUACUGAGCUUAUUGAAUGUAAACGAGCCAUUUUGGCUAAAAGAUGUGCCGGAUGGAAGAUAUAUUAUUCACAGAGAGACAUAUAACGCAACAUUUUUAAAGAGAAAUGCCCGAGAAAAUCGUCAUCAUAAUGGACUGCGUACUCACUUUGAGUCUUCGAAAAAUGAAGCAAUAUUGAGCAUGGGUGCUUCGAAAGUGACUGAAAUGCUAAUGGAUUCGAAGAUGAGGACAGAAUAUAUUUUUCCUACCAUCAUAACAGACGGUUUCACAAUCAAAGAAUAUGGAAAUCAAUCCACGAGAGGCCAAGUCGGGCCAAUAAAAUUGGUUUAUGAGCAGAUGCAUAUACUUGCCCCAUUUGUUAGUCCAAGAGAUUUUCGCUUUCUUCGUUUAUGUGAAAAGGUAACUGAAGGAAUGUGGCUAAUAGUGGAGGUCUCUCCUGACUUUAAUAAUACAAAUUUUCAACUCAAUUCCCCCGCUCGUGCAUGGAGGCUUCCUUCUGGCUGUCUAAUCAAGGAUAUCUCUCCUGGAGUCUCUCAUGUGACAUGGAUGGAACAUGUAGAAGUUGAAGACACGGCCCUAAUUCCUAUUCUCUAUAAAGAUGUAUUCUUUCAUGGAUUGGCCUUCAAUUCAGAUAGAUGGGUUCAAAUACUGUCAAGGUGCUGCCAUAGAACUGUUUCUUAUAAUAAUAUCGUGCAGAACCAAUUUGAUAGCCCCCUACAGAACAUGGGAGUACUGAAAGUCCUGACUCAAGAAGAUAGGAAAUGUAUAAUGAGCAUAACCGACAAGAUGAUGAAGAGAUUCUGCUCAAACAUGAACAUGAAAGACAUAAUUGAAAUACUGCGAUUCAAAGAUAAUGAUAUUUGUCUCUCUGUAUGUCGAGAACAAGAAAACGCCAAUCCAUCUAAUGGCCUGAUCGUCAAUGCUGCUACCUCUUUUUGGCUUGACGCUCCAUAUCAAAUGAUUAUCGAAUUCUUAAAUAAUAUUAACUUAAGAUCUCAGUGGGAUGUUGUUUGCUAUGGAGGAAUCGUGGAAGAGAUUGCUUGCAUUAAGUUUGGAGAUCAACUAGAUAAUUCAAUCUCUAUUAUCAAGCCUCAUAUUGAAUCUAGAAAUAAUCUUCUUGUGAUCCAAGAGACUCUAGUGGAUCCUCUUGGUGCAGUUAUAGCUUAUGCUCCCAUCGAUCAAGAAGAUUUUAUUGGAGAAUUAAAUCGUUCUUGGACGAAGACUGUGCUUGUAUCUGGUUUCAUUAUUUCUAAAGAUGGAAAUCCUGAAUGUAUGCGGAUGAAUUUUGGAGGAGCUUCGACUUCUAGAAAUGUUGCGCCAACUUCUCCCAAUGGUUCGCUCGUUACUGUGGCUUUCCAAGUGAUAUAUUCCAAGGACAUCCAAAUGGAAUUCAUGAACAUUGUCAAUUCAAUUAUUUCCACCACCGUUGAUCGCAUUAAGUUAGCCUUUAAUUGUCAUGAUCCUUAA